AUGGCUUCCGCCCUAGGAGCCCAGGUGGCUGCCGUGGCGCCGAUUGGUUCGGAUGGUCGCCACUACAGGAGUUGUUCUUCGCUCAAGGGUAAUAACUCCUGCAAUAAGUCAUGGACUGGAAAAUUAGCAUGGGAAAACAAGACCCUGCAACCAAGACAUACGAAGGUCUUUUGCAUGUCCGUGCAACAAGCAAGCAAAAGUAAAUGUAAAGUUGCUAUUAAACCUCUGGAGCUGGAGAAUACAAAGGAGCCACCCCUCAACUUGUACAAACCAAAGGGACCCUACACAGCCUCAAUUGUCUCCGUUGAGAGAAUUGUAGGUCCUAAAACUCCUGGUGAAACAUGUCACUUUGUCAUUGACCAUGGUGGUAAUGUCCCAUACUGGGAAGGACAAAGUUAUGGUGUCAUUCCUCCAGGAGAGAACCCAAAGAAACCUGGGGCCCCAAAUACCGUCCGACUCUAUUCUAUUGCGUCUACUAGGUAUGGUGAUUCUUUUGAUGGAAGGACUGCUAGUCUUUGUGUGUGCCGUGCUGUUUAUUAUGAUCCUGAAACUGGAAAAGAAGAUCCUUCAAAGAAGGGUAUCUGCAGUAACUUCUUGUGUGACUCAAAACUGGGUGACAAAAUUCAGAUCACAGGUAUGCAGCCGUGUAAAAAGCCUUAA